UACACGACAAGCUAGCUGGACAAACUGGUUGCGGUUGGAAAGCCCUCAACACAGAGCGUUGAUUGAGAUGAAGAUGCUGUCUGCGUGUGCUCUGCUUCUGCUGGCGUCUGCUGUGACUCAUGGACGGAUUGUGAGUAAAUGUGAGCUGAAGGAGCAGCUGGAGGCGGCGCGGGCUCACGCUACUGGAGACAAAAUGACUGUGGACCAACUUAUCGCCAGUCUUGUUUGUAAUGUGGAAAACACUUCGGGCUUCAACACCAGCCUCAUCACCAGCAUCCAGAUCCACCAAGACCACAUCAAACCUCCAUUCCCAACCCCUCACAAACCAAACCAGGAGACGGCACCGGCAAAAGAGGAGGAUGAGGACAACAUGGAAGAUGAAUACAUCAUCCCCGUUCAUCCACCGAGUCAUCCCAAGAGAGUAAGAAGUAGGAGGUCAGCCCAUGAAGUGGAGAGUGUUGAGAACCAGGGAGCAAAAGAGAUCUUCUCCAUGUGGCGUCAAGCUCUCCUCCCUGAACAGAUCCCGGAGGACUCUUUCGGAAGCGGAGCCGAGGCCAUAUCUGAGGAGGAGAGCUCUGGAGAUUCUUCUUCAGAGGUGCGUGGUGGUGUUGACUUAUGGAGGCGGUUGGGAAUCUUCCAGCUGAGUGAUCGUGUGGCUUGUGGCUCCGGAUCGGGGCGUUCGCUCAACCUUUGUGGUCUGGAGUGCAGCGCUCUCCUUGAUGAUGACAUCACCGAUGACAUCACUUGCCUGAAGACUUUAUUAGGAAGUCACGACAAGUACUACGGCUUCGCUCCCAUGAAGAGCUUCCACUGGAAUCUGUUGGAAAUGCCGCCGGUGAAGAAGUGCCGCUCGGUCGUCGCUUCAAAGUAUUUCGCUGAGUGUUUAUAAAAAUCCACAGCAGAUGAAGAUGAUUCUCCAUCGAGAGGGUGGAUCGACACUCGACCGUGGAGCUGUUUUCAAUUACAUCUCUCACACUUAAAGACCCCGUUCAUGCAAAAUCGCACCUUUGCUUUAUAUAUGUCGGCUUUGGGAUCGUUUAUAUGCUAAUUCACCCUUCAAAAUAUUCACUACAUUAGGUUUUAUGCUGUCAGAUCUUCGUUGACCUGUAAAAGGUUAAGCAUUAAAUGCAAUAAAAUGAUCUAUGUAAUGAUAAUAUCAAACUGAUAUACAGUUGAAGAGUUAUUAGCUCUUUUGGGAAUUAUUUUUUUUCAAAUAAUUAAUAUGUUUAACAGAGCAAUUUGUAAAGUGUAAAUUAAGUGAAUUUUGAGACUGUUUUAGUGUGCAGUAGCUUAUAGAUAUCCUAAAAAAUGAACAAUUCUGAUGCUAACGUCUAAAUAAUUAUGGUUUAAUUUCAUGGGAAUUUUAAAAGUAACAAUGCUCAUUUUACAGUUCAUAUGUUUCUCUGGGGUCCUAAUGAAAAGUCUAUAUCUUACUUUGGGUAAAUGAUCCAAUGGUAGUGUAAAUAAAGCACACACUGUCAUAAACAGCGAGCCAUUUCAGUGCAAGUCUCUUUAAAUGCUAAUGAGCCCACUCCGCCCCUUUCUAGAGCUGGAUCAUGAUUGGCUGGUAUUGGUUCACUAUUGAAGUAGCUACCAAUAAUAUUUGUUCCGGAGAAAGUAUUGUUUCCUAAUUUGUAAACACUGCUAAGGUCAAUAUUAUUAGCCCCCUUAUUUUUUCUGAUUGGCUACAGAACAAACUAGUGUUGUCCAAUGACUUCGUUAACCAAACUAACCUAGUAAGUCUUUAAAUUGCACUAGCAUUUCUCAAAAUAACUAGUAAAACAUAUUGUACUGUCAAAGAUUUUUUUUUUAAAUGUGUUAUUUGAAUUUAGUAAUUAAUUUACGUUUAAAAAUGUGUUAAAAAACUGUUAAACAUUACUUUGGAAAUGCUUUAAACAUAAUUAAAGCUAAUAAUUUUCUUUAACUGUAUACGCCUUGACUAUAAGUAGUUUUUUGAUUAAUAUGGGCGUAACGUUCACGUAACGUUGUUGGAUUUUAGUUGCCAUACCUGACCAAUAAAUGGCAGUAUUUGACGUCAAUAUGGCGUUGGUUUAAGAUGUUGGCUCCUCGUUGGAUUUUGGUCACUUUCUAACACAACCUAAAAUCAACCAAAUAUCAACGUCAUUUGAUGUCGAUUUUGGACGUCGAAAUAACGUUCUCCUUAGACAUCGGCUAGAGAUUGAAUUUUGGUCACCUGACAUCACAACCUAAAUCUAACUAUUAUGACGUUGUGUGCGUGCUGGUAUAAACCCAAUAAGUGUAAGCCUGAACUUAACAUAAACGGUAAACAUAUCCCUUAAUGCUGAUUGGCUGAUUGGAAUGUUGUUCCAGGAUCAACAUGGAUGUUAAUCUAGGAACAUGUCCAUCUUAAUCAAAUCAGGUUGGCAGGGUUUAUGUACUCUUUAAGUAAACAAAUCGCAGUUACAUGAUAAUAAAUGUGUGUGUGGACUCCAGAUGAAGGAUGUUACUGAUUAUAUUGUUGUAUGUUGUUUUGUGAAGUCACUGUGAAAGCUGUAAGCCAUCUGCUGUAGAGCUUAUAUUUAAAAGUCCGCAACUGUCUUUGAUUUUAUUGUCACUAAAAUUAAUGUCAAAACAAAA